UGAAACAUCUCGCAACAGACACACCCUGUUAUAUCGUCGAGUAACCUAGACAUAUCCACGUCGUGUCAUUUCUCACAAAUAUAACUAUAUCGUCGUCCGUUUCAAGCAAUGCUGUGCUGAUAUAAAAGUGCAUGCAGUUUGCCUGAGAUGGAGUGGAGUAGUUUGCCAUUGGGCGAAUGGACAGAAUCCCAUGUGAGCUCCUGGUUAAAAUCCAUUGGAGUAAAAGAUACAUACAUUAUGAAACUUUUUGAAGAGGAGGUUACAGGACCUGCCCUAUUGGAGUUGCAGGACAAUUAUCUACGUGAUGCAUUUGAAAUGAAAGGUGGCCAAAUCCAACUUCUGCUGCGCAAACGAGAUGAACUUUUGAAGGCAGGACCACAGAAACUAAAAGAAGACAGUAGUACAAAGAGGGAUGCCAGAAAUGUGGAAUCCAGUGCUGUUUCCACACCUGAGUCAAAACACAAGGUUGGGAGAUCCAGUCCAAAAAUGGAAAAAGAACCCAUUUCAACAGAGGAAAAAAAUGAAUCAACAUUGGUCAAUGCGUCUUUGUCUAUUAGUGAGUAUCGCAAAUUUGACAAACACGAUAAAGACUUCAAAUACGUCAAGCACAGAGUACUUCCACCAGAGAACGGAAUUGAAAACAUGAUUGUCCCAUGCCAUGAAUACAAAUCACUGGAAAUUGCCCAUAAAUUAGAACAAAAAAAGCUUACUGUCAAAGUUGCAAGUGAGGUUCUCAGAUUUGCUUGUGGGUGCAUGAACAUGCGGACCAAUGGCACAAUACACUUUGGGGUCAUGGAUAAGAUUAAAGGCAGCUACAAGCAUGGUGAAAUCAUAGGAAUACCAGUUGAAAGCCAAGAUUCAUUUGUGGAUGCAUUAGACUACAUUGAAAACUGCUUCAAAGGAUCAACCCAUCCGUCUGAUGCCAGGAGUUGCAUAAGGAACCCAAAGUUCAUUGAGGUUAUUGACAAGGAGGCCAGUGAAACAACCUGGAUCAUUGAAUAUGAUGUUGUCCCCAAGGCAAAAGUGGUGAAAGACAAACUGUACUGUGUCACUAUUCCAAAGUUCAGUGAGAAAGCCAACAAAGUCAUCUAUGAGGAGAAAGCCCCCUAUCACAGAGUAGGGGCUAACACACCCCGCAUAUCAGAGGAUGGCCUAAUUAAUUUCAUUCAAGGUCUCCGGGACAAAGAUCAACAGAGAGAGGAGGCUGAACUCUCAGACAACCAAACAGCUUCUGACUGUAGAGAGGAUCAGAAGAGAAAACUCUCCAUCCUCCUCACAUGUGGAAAAAAGUACAUGGAUGACUCACUGUUCUACAUCAUCGUGACAAACAAACUUAAACAAGAACAUCUUGAGAACAUCAACUUCUUGACUCACAUGAAUAUAUUUUGUGUGUUUGACUUUGACCCAGACUCGAAGACAUCGGGUCUAUGUGAGAAAUAUAAGGAGCACCAUGCUACAAACCUUCAUUUUCUGCAUGACUAUGCAAAUGACCGUGGGCUGAGCAGUGCUGACUUCAUAAACCGUUUGCAGCUCUUUGAUAGACCAAGCUGGAUUUUCUGCAAUGGACGAAACGAUUAUCUUGGUGGUGAGAAGCCUUGUGAUGAAAAGACCUGGAUCAAAACAAAGAAAAAGCAGCUGAAAAGAACAGUGUCUGUGAUCUGCAAUGAAAUUCUUCCUCCAGGGUCAUUUGUGGUGGUUUUCUUGCUCAUGUCCCACAUCGAGCAACCUCUUGUUGAUACAUUCCAUGAAUUCUACGCAGAAAUGAAUGGUCGGGACGAUUUGGCUAUAAUAUCAGAGUCAAAAGAGAACUACAAAAAGUGGUCAAGCUUUGCUCAGGUAUCGUGUAGCAUGGCUGCACUCAAAGAGAUCAGUAUUGUUGAAAUGCCAAUGAGUCAUGUAGAUGCCACUAUUCAAAGCAUUCAGCUUUCAGUUAGUCGAUCCACAAGGAGUUUACCAGUCUUCAACAAAGGUCUAUGCUUCUUAAAGCCAGUUGAAGAGGAUAAGAUUAAUUCGUUGGACAUAGUCAGUGUUGACCAGUGUGAUGACACAAACUUGGAGAUACUGGACCAAGACAAAAUCAGCAACAUUGAGAAGUAUUUCUAUCAAGGUGGGAAGAUAGACUGGAUGAAUUUGUGGCUGGCAGAUAAAAAACAUUGUGGGGAAGUCAUCCAGCGAGAUGCAUACCGAGAAACAAACAACAUUCUAGAAGACAUUUUACAGGGUAAUAGUGCCAAAAGAUCCAUUGAGACUGUUAAUAUAUGUCACCAAGCCGGCAGUGGUGGGAGUACAGUUGCGCGACAGAUCCUCUGGAAUUGGAAAGCAAAACUGCGAUGUGCAGUAGUUAAACAAUCCCAUGAAAUCACAACUGUGUGUGAGCAUGUAGUGCACCUGAGGGAAUAUGAAGAACGAGACAAAAACAGCUGUCUCCCAGUGCUUUUGCUGUUGGAAGAUUGUAAUGCAGAGUACCGAGAUGAUCUUAGGCGGGAAUUAGGCAAUGCAAUUACAACCAAGAAAAUAAGUGCCUCUGUCCUAUGUUUCAUCCUGCUCAUCUGUAAAAGAUCUCAUGAUCCAGAGAGGAUGUGCCGAGCAUUGCCGUCUCAGACUGUAGCAGUGACACACAAACUGACAGAUGAAGAGAAGACUCUCUUCUCAAAGAAACUAGAGAGACUAAAGCUGAAGUUUGAACCUGAGUUCAUUCUCACAUUUGUACUGAUGAGUGAGGGGUUUCAAACAAGUUACAUUGAGGGCUUUGUGAAGAAUCUACUGGACAAUAUUGAUCAUUCAUCUCUCAUCACUCGCCUUAUCAGAUUUGUGGCACUGCUGAACUGUUAUGUUCAGGACUCGUAUAUAUCUGUGUCACACUGCGAAGCUUCCCUUGCCUUAGGUAUUCAAGUGGAUAGAAUCCGUUACCAUGCAUUUGAGAACUCUCUCAGUGAACAAGCUAGACUUGUUUUCAUACACCUAAAGGAGAGUACAUCACACAUCUCAUCCAUACGGAUAAUUCAUCCAAUGUUGGCAAAGGAAAUUCUAGUGCAGCUCUCUAAAACUCUGCCACAGAGUGAAAUAGCAAUGGAUCUACUACAGGACAAUGUACUUAUGAGUCAUAGGUUUGGAAGAGAUGAUUUUCUGAAGUUCAUCCGAGUUCUCUUCAUCAGACGCAACAAAAAAAGCAGAGGAGAUUCUGAGGACAGUUCAUUCUCUCCUCUGAUUGAACAUGUCAGCACUGAAACAGGGGGCAUUGAAAAAGCUGUUGAUCUUUUGAAAGCAGCCUACAUAGCUUUAGGAAAAGAUGCAAUUGUUGCCCAGCAGCUGGCUCGUCUGCUCUACACUAACACAAGGUUCGAGGAAGCUCUACGUUGGGCUGAAAAGGCUAAAUCAAUCCUGCCAUAUGAUACAUUUGUCCUUGACACAUUAGGACAGGUGUACAAGUGGUGGUUUUAUCACAUGCAUGACACUCUUGACAAGCGAGAAUUACCGCCUGAAAAAGUUACUGAAAUUAUAGACACAGCUCUGAAAGGAAUUUCAGCUUUCCGUGCCUCAGAAAAAACACCCAAAAAAGAGCACGUUAGUCUGAACAACUCCUACUAUGGGGAGGUGGAUGUUGGAUGCAGACUGCUUCAACUCAUAUCAGCAGUGGAUGUUUUUACAACCAAAGAUGGAAAGUCUGAGCUGAUGAAAUACUUGCUAAGUGACUACAUACCGCAAGCAGUUGAAAAACCCUGGCUUAGGUUCCACGGCCAACUAAAAGGAAUGAACAAGAGUAUUUACCAUGCUCUUGAGUGCAUUUCUGAAAACCUCAGUUACUUUCAGACAGACAUCAGUGAGGAGGAAGAGGAACUUGACACAAGAGAGCCUGAACAAGUACACAAUCCAAGGAAAUGGGUGACAAGGAAGAGUGCUGUGUACGCUGGUUUUUUUUGUAACAUCCCAGAUAUCGUCAGCCCAAUGCCUGACUACAAUAAUUCUGAAAUGGUCACUCACACUGAAAGUUCUCGAUUCACAAGACAAAUGAAAAUUUACCAGCUAGGUGGAGGAAAUCUCACAACCAUCCUCUCCUUGCUCCUUGACCACAAUGCCAAGAGAUCUGGUAGAAAGCUGGAGGCAAUAAUUGGCAUGUAUCCAGAGAACCUCAAAAAGGAAGACCUUGACCAGACAGAACUUGUCAACUUCAUUUUCUGUCAGAUAGCUCUUGCUUGUGCUUUACCUGGCUCUCCAAAGCUAGUUUCCCUACAGAAACUUCAGGAUCUCAGUAGGAGAUUUAACUGGGGAGGGAGACACACACCAGCAGCAAGUGCUCUCUUUCUUCAUUCAAUUUUGUUCUGGCCAGAGGAGCCAAGAAACAAGGAGCCUGAUUCUGCCAAUGGCCAAGUUCUCAUGUUAGCAAUUGAUGCUCUUCAAAGACUUUGUGAGCUCAAAAAUAAACAUUUACCACCAAGAAAAAGUAGAAUAAUAACUCACUUCUUUCUUGGGAAGGCGAGAGGGCUGAGCAGGAUUGUUCAUCGCAGUCAGAUAGAAAAGCACAUAAAGGGGACUAUGAGCGAAAGAAAUCUCAAGUGGCUUGGUGGUGAGGUGUUCAAAACCCCAGAAGUUGUUCAAUUGCUGCAACGUGUUGAUGGAUGGACAGAAAAUGGACAACUGUUGGUUCAAGGCACAACCAAGGGAAGCAAGAUCAGGGUCAUUCCUCUGUUCAAAGCCUCUCUGCCAAAUGCAAAUGAAAAUGUCACAUUUUGUUUAGGUUUUUCAUUUGAUGGAUUGGUUGCUUUUGACAUUAAAGUUCAGGAGUGAGGUCAAAUGCAAAUUUCUGCAUGGGUGUAUUAUCUGUGUUCUACAUCUGUCUAUAUUAGUUUAUAUGCUGUUACUAAGCAGUAAUGCAUUAUGGCAGUACAAUGUUACAAGACCUAAUAGACAGUUCACAUGCACACUAAUGGCCCUACUUGUAUUCCACAAGAUGUUUUUACUAAAUGACACAGUAACCUGUACUCCCUUCUCCUGCCUGGUGAUAUUCUCCACAUCACAAAUAUUGCAGUGGCAUUGAGGUGAACAAACUGCAUAAACAAACUGGACAAAAGGGAAGAAUGUUGCGUGAGUAAUACAAUUCGGGAAGUAUUGUUUUAAAGCUAAGCAUUGCUAGCUAAGCACAGUGUUCGGGAGCUGCAGAUAGUGAGCCUAUUGUAGUCCAGAAAUCGGCACACAGUAAGAACUGUCAUUGAACCCAUUUGAAAAUAAGUGAUCUCAGUGGAGAAUAUUUACUCUGAUAAAGGAUCAAAUACUUUUUGAUGAAAAAUAGGCUUAUAUAGACAAAAUAAACAUAACACAGUGGGCACUUAGGAACAAAUGAGUGCAGGGAAUUAAGAAAGUGCAGAAAAUUCUGAAAGUGAAAAACGAAAAGUGCCACAAAUGAGGAAAAGUUUGACAUUUUACAGAGCGUAUGUAAAGCUCCAAAAUGCACAAACAGCUCACAAUAUGUCAGACACAACACAAGAAGAGGAACCUACAGUUGAAACAGUACUGGCACUGUUGACAGUGUACACAGAUCAACAACGGAAAGAUGGAAUCUAUCUCAACAUGGAGUUAGAUGGAAAACCAGUAAACAUGCAGAUGGACACCGGUGUAUCUCUCAUUCCAGAGGGAUUAUACAAAGAUAAACUGAAAGAGUGCCCUCUUCAGCCAGCAUACAUCCGCCUUUUCUUCAUACACUGGUAACAGUAUUCCUGUGUUAGGGUAGAUCCAGGUACCAGUCAGAUUUGAGUGGACGCUGCCGCUUGUCAUUGUCAAAUGAGAAAAAACAGUCCUGCUAGGCAGAAGAUGGACACAGAAGAUCAAGUUGAACUGGGGAGAAAUCAUCAGUCUGACAAAUGACAAACCAGUGAGUCAUGCUACACACAAACAAACUCUUUAAAGAUGGCUAUGACCACAGGAAAAGUCAGAGAGCAAGAAGAAACCUAGCCUAUCUUUCACAAGCCACAUCUGGCUCCCUAUGCUCUAAAGGAAAUCGUAGAGGAAGAACUGGAGUGUCUACAGAAGAAUGACAUCACGAAAGUGGAGAGGAGCGACAGCACAUGGGGGCUAUUCAGAUUCAAUUGCUUGGCCUAAGGGAUCUCGACAGCUCCAGCGAUAUUCCAACACACAAUGGAUCAGAUCUAGGAUAGCACUGACCAGGGGUAUUCUAUUCUUGCCCAACGAGGUCAGGGGCCUGCUGGUUUUCUGUUCUACCUGAUAAUUAAUUGCAUACACCUGGUGUCCCAGGGGAGAACAAUACAAAAAAAAUGCAGUGGUACUGGCGUUGAGGUCCAGAGUGUGAGGGGCAUAGACAAUGUCAUGUGCAUCAUAGACGGUAUACUUGUGUCAGCACCAACCAUGGAAGAGAACCUUGCAUUGCUGGAUAAAGUGAUGUCUAGACUGGAGAAUUAUGGAGUGAGCAAGUGUGAGUUCCUUCAGGACUCAGUGGAAUAUUUUGCAUACAAGAUCAGCGCACAAGGUCUGCACCCAAACGACAGCAAGGUCAUCUCACAUGUUCUACAAUCAGGUGAACACCCCAUUGCAUUUGCAUCACGUUCUCUGUCACCAAGUGAGAAAAACUAUAAUCAAAUUGAGCCCUGAGAAUAAUGUUCAGAGUGAUGAUGUUUUACAAAUAUCUCGAAGGAAGGAAGUUCCACUGCUGACAGAUCACAAGCCGCUUCUGGCCAUUCUUGAACCAAUAUCAGCCAUACCAACCCUGGCCGCAUUUCAAUGUAACAUUGGGAUCUGAUACUGCAAGCCAAUUUAAAGACAGAAAAUACCAGUUAUCUACAAAUCAAGGAUGUGUUCUCUGGGUAUCAAGGGUGGUGGUACCUCCCAAGUUUAGGAGACUACUAUCUGAGCUGCACAAUGAACAUCCAGGGAUCACUUGAAUGAAAGAACUCACCAGCUGUUAUCUGUGGUGGUCUGGACUGGAUCAGGACAUUCAGCAGCAUGUAGGCCACUGCUCAGCCUGUGAAUCUGUUCACAACAAGCCUGCUAUUGCACCUCUUCAUCCAUGGGCCUGGGCUGCUACACCAUGGGAACGCAUCUAUGUGGACUACGCCAAAAUCGACAAGGAACACUUCCUAGUUGUCAUCAAUGUCCUUUCCAUGUGGAUGGAAGUGUUUCCUACACAACUGACCCAGCAAAGACCGGUCGAGAGAACGAGAAAAACGACCUCCAGGACUAUGCUCCUGACUGUGGGAGUACGAGAGAGAGCCUGACCUUCCACCCAAAUCUGUCUCUCCAACGGAAGCCCAGGAGGAGUGGAGGUAUCCACUCAAAAGCACCUCAAAAGCUUGGCCUUUGAGUGAGCUGUUUCUGGACAUAAAGGAAAGAAAAAGGACAUUACCCAUGUUUAGUUAAUAGGGCACAAGUUCCAGUUUUGGGGCAGAAUAAUCCCCUGGACUUGUUCUGGGCUCUGAAAAGUCUACUUCAACCCAGUAGUUGAUAAAUGUUUAAAAAUGCAUUGUUCCAGUGUUGCAUUAGUAUUUAAUAAAAUUACUAACCUUGUUUUCUGGGGGUUAAAAGCUAUGGGGGAGCAGUGUAGUAUCUGUGAUCUACAUAUGUCUAUACUGUAUGUUUCUAUACUGUUACUAAGCGGUAAUGCAUUACGACCAUGCUGUGUUACGACACCAAAUAGACAGUGCACAUGUGCACUAUGCUCCUAAGUUGUAUUUGACUACAUAUUUUACGAAACAACACAAACCUGUACUUCUGUCUCCUGCCUGGUGAUAUUCUUCACAACACAAAAGAUUACAAUUGGCACAAAACAGUGUUGCCAGAGAAAUAAGCUGCCAAAAGAAGCCUGUUUGCUGUUGAUAAACACUUCUGUAAAUGCUGUAAGUUUCAUCAUUUGAGAACUUUUGAUACAAUUCAUCCAAGCAGCAAAAUGUAAAUACAGUGGAAACCAUAAUUACAAAUGUUAAUGUUUGAACAAGUUGCACUAUGUAAAAGAUUAAUGAUGUUAAAGUAAUAAUGAUAGUUGUAGAUAAGUUGAAAAACAGGGAAAAUAUAUGUACAUCUUAAAUGUCAUCUUGUCCAUGUACAUACAUAAAUCAUGUCCAGGAGCAUAUUUGAUGCAUAAUAUUGUGAUAUAUUUGGACUUUGUCAAAUAAAACAAAAUUUGU